AUGCCGUCAUCCACGAACCCUCAGAAGCCGACACUCCCACCACCACAAACCUUCGACAUCCUCCCUCUCCUCCACGAGCUACUCGCACGCAUCGAUCACGACACUCACACUCUGGACCAACAACUACAGAGCAACUCAGAUCAAGAAGCAACCGACCUCCCAGCCCUGUACGCGCCCCUCCAACCGCUGGACCCCAAGGAGCUGCCGGCGGAAGUGCUACAGAUCAAGACCAAAAUCCGGCGAGCGCUGAAGGAGCUCGAGAAGCUGCCGGAUAUGGAUCGUACUGUUGAGGAUCAGGGAGAGGAGAUUCGGGAGUUAGAGGAGAAGGAGAGGAGGCAGAAGGAGGUGAUGAGAAGGUUGCGCGAGUGGGGUGCGGAGGGCUUGGGUAGUGGGGCUGGUUGA